AUGCGUAAUGUCUCAGCUAAUGUUAAAAACGAUCCGAAAAGAUUUUGGGGAUUCAUCAAGGCCAAAAACAACAUUUCAUCUGUUCCUACUACGAUGUCUUAUAAAGAAAAUGCUUUAGACGGCCCCCAGAACAUUGUGGAAACCUUUGCAGAUUUCUUUAAAACAGUUUUUAACAUCUCUAAUUCUGUUCAAAAUUAUGAUUACAAUAGUUCAAAUGAUCCAAGUAUCGACUACCUCAAUAUAGAGAACUUCGAUGAAGAAAUUGUAUUCAAAGCUAUGCGUAAAUUGAAACCAACUAUGACUGCAGGACCGGACUUAAUACCAUCAUUCUUAGUGAAACAUUGUGCGACAAUUUUGGCAAAACCGGUGACAAUAUUAUUUAACAUAAUCUUGCGUACAUCCACAUUUCCUGAUGUGGGGAAGCAGUCGAGGAUUACUCCUAUUUAUAAAAAUGGCGAUAGAUCUAAUGUUACCAAUUAUCGACCCAUAACAAUAAUUAACAAUCUGGCAAAAGUUUUUGAACAUGUCCUUCAUAUUUUAAUCUAUCCACAUGUUUCGAAUAUGAUCACAGAUAGUCAGCAUGGUUUUGUGAAAGCAUAUAUGAAUACGGUUUUGGCCAUGCAAGUUCGAACAAGCCCUCAUGAGCAAACCGAAUUCACCGUCCUGUGA